GCAAUAUGUCGGAAGUGUACUGCGUCGUUGAAAUUGCGCAGGUGGACGCACGAUUUCAAUUGGCGCGAUCAUCCGAGUAAAUACAGCGGCCGGCAAAGAUAAGGAGCGCGAGCGAGUGCUGACGGGUAGGGAAGCUGAGAAGGACAGUUGUUUGUUCGAACGGGCGCGAUACUGUCGUCGGUGUGAGUCGUCGUUGUCCGUCGCGAUAUACGUCGAAAAGUGUUCGCGAGCUUUGACGAACGUGUGAAAAUUGGCAAGUACACACGCUUUCCUGCACUGUGUAUGAAUUAUCACGAUGUCGAUGCCAUCACGUGUGAGAGCAUUCGUGCCCAACAGCAAGGCGUCAUCGUCUUUCUUUACGUGCUUCAACAUCCCCAAAACGAAGUCCAAGCAUGUUACGUGUGUCUCCUGCAGCCACAAGUUCUACGUACCAAUUACAGACAAAUCGUUGCUGACUGGAUCCUUAAUUCCUUUGGUAUUACCUUGUGGGCAUCCCAUUUGCAGUGGAUGUGUGAAAAAGAAAACUAUAUCUUGUCCUUUAUGCAAAACUAAUGUGAAAGAUAAUAUUAAAAAACUCCCAUUGAACUUAUAUACUCUGGGCCUACUUGUUUCAUCAAGCCAGCAGCGCCCAGCAGAAAAUGAUGAUGAAGAUUUUGCAUUUUGUCAUAAGCUGGCUGUACGGUUACGGCAAAUUAAAACCCAAGGAUAUUGUCAUGAAUGUGGGAAUUCUGCUUCUGUUAAGUGUGUGCAAUGUAUGGUUCUCUUUUGUUCCAGCUGCUACUCUAAAAUUCAUGGAAGAGCAUUGCAGAACCACACGCAAAUCUUACUAGUUAAAGAGGAAGAUGGAAAUUUCUGUCAGAUUACAAACAGUUGUUUACCAACAUGCUCUGAAUCAUUAAGCUAUUUUUGCAAUGACUGUAACAUAUCUGGCUGUUCAAAUUGCAUGUUGCUAAAGCAUAAAAUGCACAGUUAUAUCACGUUACAAAAGAAGAACGAGGACAUGAUGGCUGAGUUCAACGAGGUCAAUCAGAAAAUCAUCGAGAAUUUGCAAAGGGUCACCCAGGUGAAACAGAAGCUUAAGUCGACUUUAAUGUCAACGUACGAGCCGGAAGAAAGCGACUCCGUAGAGACGAAGAUCGCCAAGCACUUCGCCUACCUACACGGCGUCCUCCAGAAUCUGGAAGCGAAAUUAAUGAACCAUUUACAUCAGCGGCGCAACAGUCUGAAAAAUGAUUUAGCGGAGAUCAGAGCGCAUGUAGAUGCGCAGGAAGAACAGCUGAGCGUCGCGUUGACGAUGGCUUCCUACACGAAGGACAACUUCGGCAAAGUGGACAUGCGAAACGCGAUACAAGUUCUCCGCGAGAUGUCGGAUCUCCCUUGCCACUUGCUUCGCAACGAUUUCACUGAGGACGAGGCGAUAUUGUUUAACAUCGAUGAAAAUAUCAUCGCACACUUGAAUAAUCAUUGCGCGCUUCAAGUGCCGCAAGUAUCGCGCUACCAACUCGUACGAACGGAAGCGUUACCAGAGGACUACAAGAUGGAGCCUUUAGAGAAGGACUCUUCCAUUGCAGAUGUGCUUAAUCAGACUUUAUCGUCAAGGACGACCAGGUCGCCUCCGUCGAAUGUAUCGGUCUCAUCAAACGUAUCGUCGACAGUAACGCAAAUCGUCCAGACGGAAAAGACGGACGAAAUCAACGUCGACAGGCAUCAGGUAGAGGUAGCAUACAUCUACAAUCCAUCGUCGUUCUACGUCCACUAUCUCUUCUCAAAGCCGGAAUAUGACCAACUGAAGAAAGAUUUGCAAGUUUACGCGAAUAGCUGCGACGAGAGACCGAUUGAACUCCACCAAAAUGACAUGUGCAUCGUCAAGGAACGGGUGGGCUGCCGUUGGCACCGAGGACGCGUGCUCAAAGUGAAAGACGUGAGCUUAAACAACUUUCCCGAAACGUUGUACACUAUACUUUACAUAGACCAAGGCUAUAAGGAAUGCCAUGUGCCGAUCUCGAGGAUACGGACCAUCAGUGAUAAGCAUCUGAAGUUACAACCGCAGGCGGUUCGAUGCUGUCUGCACGGCAUAGUGCCUAUAAAGAACAUGUGGUCGGCCAAGAGUACAAAGGAUUUCAAGAAGUUGUUGCGACAAACCACGGUUUUCAUGCAUAUCAUGAAGUACACUUUGGAUAUUCUAUACGUGGACAUUUGCACCGUCUCUUUGGCAGGCAACAGCAUGGGCCCGCAAUCAAUAUGCAACGCUCUGAUAUAUAUGAAACACGCGUGUAACGAUAUGUCGAUAUCUCAGAUGCGUCCGAUAUACAAUACCUAUGUGUAUAAUAAGGAAGAACUUACGUUAAAUAAGACUACGGAUGUUACCGUCAACCACGUCGAGUCUCCGGCUGAAAUUUACGUGUCGAAGAGAGGGAAGCAAAAUAAUCUUUUAAAGCUGUUGGGUGAGUUAAAAGAGUAUUACGAAGGCAACACUUCAGUACCAAUCAUCAGUACGCCUAAGGAAGGUUUACCGUGCGUAGCACAGUACACAGACGAUGCGUGGCACCGCUGUGAAAUCGCCAAGGUGAUAUCUGAAAAUAAGGUCCAAGUCUUUUAUGUGGAUAUAGGACGUACUUUGACUCAGAAUUGCGAUGUGUUGCGAGCGAUUUUGUCCAAAUAUAUUCAUUUUAAGACCCAGGCAAUAAGAAUCUCACUGAUGUACGUGGCUGCCGAUCCCGACGGUAAAUGGAAAGCGGAAUCUAUCGAUGAGCUAUCGAGGAUUUUUCAAGACGUAACUUCUGCUCUAUUGUCCACCCGAAAGAAGACAAUAGACGGAUAUAGCGCUUGCAUACGUCUGCCUGAUAUCCCGGACGUUAGCCGCCUGUUGAAAGCUAAACACCUCGUCAAUUGUUGGAAUUCCGACGAAUCAAAAAGAAAGAUCGGCCAACACGACGCUGACAUACCGGAAUCGUUCGACAGAGAGUUUUUGUCGGAAGAAUUCAAGUCCGACAUCAGAUCCGUUCAGGAGGAGGAGACGAUUAAAGAUCCUUACAAGAUGGAGGUGUACAUAAAACAGAUGAUCACGCCGGAUUGCAUCUACGUGACGCAAGCGGAGCGCAAGGAAUCGAACGCGAGCUUCCUCGAGGAGAUGCAACAGUUCUAUAGAAGCUUCUGCUCCGAAAAGGGAAAGAAUUGGAACGAGGGCGCGGUGUGCGUCGUAUACUCCGCGAAAGACAAGUCCUACUUACGUGCGAAGAUCUUGAAGAUCAAAUCUCCGGAGGUGUUGGUCUACUUCUACGAUUUGGGCAUCGAGGAGACGGUGACGAUUGGGGACGUACAGUAUCUGCAUUCGUGGUUCGCGAAACAACCGGCGUAUUGCUUCAAAGUCAAACUGGCCGGCAUUCUGCCGUGCGGCGGGUCGUCCGCGUGGCCGUCAUUGUCCUGCUCGACAUUGUCUGAUAUUAUACGCAGAAACGCGCGCUACAAGUUUUACAUCACUAAACUGGUUCAGCAGGAGGUUUGUGACGACACGAUACCCGUGGAACUAUGGGUGAGACAGAUAAAAAUACCGGGGCCGUUGGCACCGAGCAUAGUAGAGAUUAAUUCUAUCAACAGGAUGCUGAUAGAAGAGGGUGUUGCCUUGCCUAUCAAAGACUACUUCUCCAAAGCGAGGUCGGUUUAUGUUGCGGAAUUCAAGCGACAAUUACUGGACAGCCAUAUGUUCGUGUCAUGUGAUGAUGACAUAAAGUGGCUUAAUAAAGAGAUUUGUCGCAGCGUUAAUUGCGAGAUAGAUGAUUCGUCAACAUCACACAAAUACAGUUUGGAAGAACUAUUGAAAGAAACUUGUAUCGUUGGCAAGCCGAAAAAGGAACAUUCGAAGAGAAUAUCUGACUGGCUACCAGCGCUUCCGAUAACGGAAGAAGUAUUUCACGCUAUACCAACAUACGUGGACGACCAUGGCAGCGUGUACUUGCACUCCGUGAAGCAGAAUUCCGCGUCGAUUAGCCUGAUAGAGAAGGAACUGCAGUCUCAUUUCGAGUUGAAGGAAAUUCAAUUAUACCACAAUUGGAAAGAAGGAGAUGUGUGUAUCGCACAAUAUCAUCUUAACAAGAGAUGGUAUCGCGGCAGAAUAAUCCAAGUUUUCGGUGCAACGCUAAAGGUGGCGUUCGUCGACUAUGGAAAUGUGGAGGAUUGUGACGUUAUGAGUGUAUCGAGAGACAUUAAAAUGGAGCAUAUUCCCAUUCAGUGUACAAAAUGCGUUAUCAGCGGCCUGAGUCCGGAAACCGUAAGCGGCAACUGGACAUUGGACGAUUUAGACCGAUUACACUCGAUCCUUGUCGAUAAAAAGUGCAGUGUAUCUAUUUUGCAGCGGGAACCCACGCAUUUGGUCAUAUCGAUAGCAUUAUCAGAGGCACCUCAUUCGGAUUUCCUCACAUGCCUCUUAAAUUUGAAAACCAAAGUAGGUAUGAAAAUUAAGAUCGAACGCAAGGAGUGGAAUGACUCGAUCGACGAGGAAACUUCGUUGUCCGACUCUGCCAGAAACUCCGUCCUUAAUGAAGAAAUAACUAACAAUGAGGACGACGACACCUCGAAGACAUCUUCGUUGGAAUUGGAAACGAAGGAUGUUAUGUUGAAGGAGAACGUGAUUAGCGGAAAUUCGAUAGAGAAGCUCGAAUACAACGAUGACAAAGAGAUACUUCACUUCGAGGAUAUUCAGUGGCCGGAGUUAUUUACUUCGGGGGACUGCAUGUUUUCCUCAACGCCGCAGAAUGAAUCGGAGGAAGGGAGUUUCUUCGGCGAAUAUAAACCGUUGAUCAUUCCGCCGGAUACCAAGUAUAUCGAAGUGAUAUUACGUUGCAACAGAAGCCCCAUUAUCUCGUGCGCGCAAUUGGCGGAAAAUAAUGACGACAUGUUCUCUGAUGUGCUGCACAAUUACUAUUUGCAGUAUGAGGCCGUAACGUUGGACAUACAACAGAAUGCAGCUUUUCAACCGUUAAUCGAAUCUUUUGAAAGUAAUAUUUCGUGCGUAGCAAAGUUUACCGAUGGCGAAUGGUACAGAUGUGUUAUCAUGCGCAGCCAAAGACUUCCGAACAGUAAUGUAGUACGUGUUAUGCUGCACUACAUUGAUUACGGUAAUAGCGAUCAUAAAGAUUUGAAUUUGUCGGACAAAAAUCAUGAUUUGCGUCUACCGAAGAAAGAAUGGAUGGAGGUGCCCGCCAUGGCUUUCGAAUGUAAAUUUUGGAACAUUAAUUUCGUCUCUGACGAUGUUAAUUUGUUAGCAGACAAGUUAAAUGAAAUAUAUAACAAAGUAGUCGUGGCUAAGAUUAAGGAAAUACAUGAGAACAUGCUGGUGGCAGAAAUGUACGAGAACAAUAUAUGCCAAAAACUUUUGUACGAACAAUUGAUAGACGAAGAUUUAUAUCAGCUUAAAAAAUCCAAAAAAGACUGAAUCGCAUACGCUCAUUUUCGCAGCUAUACAUUCCUAAACGUUAAGUUUUAGUUUUUCUUUGUCACUGUGUAAACGAAGUUUUGUAACAAAAGUCAACUUGCGGUUGUAACUAUAUUUAAUUUAUAUUUGUGACAGGAUUUAUUUUCAUUUUGUCUAAUAUAGAAAUUUGUUUGAAAGUU